AUGCAUCGAAGGCACACCACCCUUCGGGAGAAGGGCCGGAGACAGGCCAUCCGGGGCCCAGCCUACAUGUUCAAUGAGAAAGGCACCAGCCUGACUGCAGAAGAGGAACGUUUUCUCGAUUCUGCAGAAUAUGGCAAUAUUCCUGUCGUGCGAAAAAUGCUGGAGGAAUCCAAAACCCUGAACUUCAACUGCGUUGAUUACAUGGGACAAAACGCCCUUCAAUUAGCUGUAGGGAAUGAGCACCUGGAAGUGACAGAGCUCCUCCUCAAAAAGGAGAAUCUGGCUCGUGUUGGAGAUGCCCUUUUGUUAGCCAUCAGUAAAGGAUACGUGCGCAUCGUGGAAGCAAUAUUGAACCAUCCAGCCUUUGCACAGGGACAGCGUCUCACGCUCAGCCCUCUGGAGCAGGAACUGAGAGAUGAUGAUUUUUAUGCUUACGAUGAAGACGGAACUCGGUUCUCCCACGACAUUACCCCUAUCAUACUUGCUGCCCACUGCCAGGAGUAUGAAAUCGUUCACAUCUUGCUUCUAAAAGGUGCACGGAUUGAAAGGCCACAUGACUAUUUUUGCAAGUGCAAUGAAUGUAUUGAGAAGCAGAGGAAAGACUCCUUUAGUCACUCUCGUUCCAGAAUGAAUGCCUACAAAGGAUUAGCCAGUGCUGCUUAUUUGUCUCUUUCCAGUGAAGACCCUGUCCUUACUGCUCUAGAGCUAAGCAAUGAAUUGGCCAGACUAGCCAACAUUGAAACUGAAUUUAAGAACGACUAUAGGAAGUUAUCUAUGCAAUGCAAGGACUUUGUUGUUGGAGUGCUGGACCUGUGCAGAGACACUGAAGAAGUAGAGGCUAUUCUUAAUGGAGAUGUGAACAUACAUUUGUACCCUGAGCACUACCGACCAAGUCUGAGCAGGAUCAAACUUGCUAUUAAAUACGAGGUCAAAAAG